CGCAUGACAAAGGCAGCUCGAAAUCACGGGCAAGACGACGACGAACGAGGAACUGGAGAGCAUGCUGGAGUCGGGCAACCCUGCUAUAUUCACAGAAGGAAUCAUCAUGGAGACACAGCAAGCGAAGCAGAGUCUAGCGGACAUCGAGGCGAGACACAACGACAUCAUGAAGCUGGAGAACAGUAUCCGCGAGCUUCACGACAUGUUCAUGGACAUGGCCAUGCUCGUAGAGUCACAGGGAGAGAUGAUUGAUCGGAUCGAGUACAACGUCGAGGCAUCGGUCGACUACAUCGAGACGGCCAAGAUGGACACGAAGAAGGCGGUCAAGUACCAGAGCAAAGCGCGGCGGAAGAAGAUCUUCAUCAUAGUGUGUGUGGCUGUGUUGAUCGCAAUCCUCAUCAUUAUACUGGCGUCGGUGUUGCCCGGCAUCGGAUAAACGCGGCGCUGGCGGCGGCGGGCAGGAGGAGAGAUACGAGAGACACCGGACAGACGGACGGUCGGACCACGCCGCUAGCACGGUGGCGUUGCACGAGCGAGUGGGGGCGGUGGCGUCGCCGCGGCGACCCCUCUCUCACGCUUACCCCUGAGAAUGCAUACGAAAGACGAUGCAGAAGGAAGGUGGAGAAGGAAGGUGGAGAAGGUGGAGAAGGAACGAUGCCAAAGGAAGGUGGUGCCGGCAGCGGGAGUGUUGCGUCGCGAGGAAGGGAGCUUCCCUGCUGUCGGCUGUGAGGAAGAAGACGGAGGAACGGCCCAAGAUCGAGCAGCUGAGAGGAAGACGGAGAGAGAGAAAGAAAGAUAGAGCGAGAGGAAGAUGGAGAGACAGACAGAGAGAGAGAGAGAGAGAGAGAGAGAGAGAGAGAGAGAGAGAGACACCUCCCUGGCGUACUAGAGUGCUUUCUUGCAUUGCACGGUGGGGAGUUGGUACGUCUCUGUAAGACGAGAUUUAGUGACGCGGUCGUCCAGGAGAUGGCAGCACCGUGCUGUAGCUGGAGGGAAGCAGCGAUGGCCAGCCGGUAGAUGGCGCAGCGCGGUGUGGCUGUCUGUCCAUGUACAGCCGAGCGCAUUUUCUUCUUCAUUGUGUUCGCGAGGUUAUUGCAAGUUAUAUAUGUCUGCUCAUAUAUCUACUGUUGAAUAAUAAUGUUGAACACAUGCAGACACACACGCCACACACACGUAACACAUACAGACGCACGCACGCACGCAACCACACACACAUGCACGCGCGCACACACCGUGUGGGUAAUUUAUCUCCCGUGUCCUGACCGAUUUGUUAAAAAAAAACAUUUACAUGUGUAGAGAAACGUACAAUUAAAGAUUGCAUCGGUUAAGAACUACAGCUGUGAAUGAAAAGUGGGACAACACUCACCCAUUCCGCUCUUAUUUCACUGUUAGUUACAACUAACAACUAAUCACAAUCGUAAAAACGGCUCGUCUAAAUUAAUUGUGUCGUACAGUCAUCAUUACUUAAAUUGACUACGUCACGAAUUUUCUAUGAUAAAAUUUGUAAAAAAAAAAUUGCCAUUUUUUUACAUUAAA